AUGAAAAGAAGAAUGAAUGUUGGUAGAAAUCCAUUGUGGACAUUCUACAUGCUUUUGUUCUUCAUUUGCUUUGCCUUUUGUCAUAGUCAAUCUCUUGUUGUGCAUGAUGAAGGGAAAAAGGGAGAUUAUUUGUUAACAAACAAACGCACAAGUUUUGGAAUGCUACUUAAAGAAGUUCCAAUUUUUCCAUCCGGACCAAAUAGAUGUACCUCGGAUUCUCUUCCACCACCUAGGCAUUUGAAUUUCGGAAUGCUACCUAAAGGAAUUCCAAUUCCUCCAUCCGGACCAAGUAGGCGUCAUCACGAGGAUUCUCCUUCUCCUCCACCACCUAGGCAUUUGAAUUUCAGAAUGCUGCCUAAAGGAGUUCCAAUUCCUCCAUCCGGACCAAGUAGGAGAAUUCCAAUUCCUCCAUUCGGACCAAGUAAGUGUCAUCACGAGGGAGUUCCAAUUCCUCCAUCCGGACCAAGUAGGUGUUGUCACGAGGAUUCUCCUUCUCCCCCACCACCUAGGCAUUUGAAUUUCAGAAUGUUGCCUAAAGGAGUUCCAAUUCCUCCAUCCGGACCAAGUAGGCGUCAUCACGAGAAUUCUCCUUCUCCUUCACCACCUAGGCGUUUGAAUUUCAGAGUGCUGCCUAAAGGAGUUCCAAUUCCUCCAUUUGAACCAGUUAGGCGUCCUCCACCAAUCAACUUUCAUUAA